GGUGGUUGAAGCUGGCUCGCACCUGGCGACAAACGUUUUGAAGGAUCAGUGAAGUCUGGCAACCUUGGAAUAUAAAAUGGGGGGCCUCGCCGCUGAGAAAGGCCAUCCACCACUGUUCACCAUCAGACCACAGUCCCGACAGCAUUUGACAGUUUCCAGUCAAUGACACACGACAUCAGCCAUCGAGAUCAACUCUCAGUGACCACCACCACAUCCAUGGAGUCUCCUCUCUACCCUAUGCCCAAGGGGGUGCAUGCCAUCCCAGCAGACGAACUGGACCUCAGGUCUGAUGCUGAAGUUGAUGCCGCCCUCUUGAACCCUCUGCCGCCUUCGUCGUCCUCUGAGAAAAACAUCUGGCUCUUUUGGCACUCGGGCUACAGCACAAUGCACCCCUACACCCAACGCACAGUGCGGACCUACCAUCGCCGCUUCUCGAAGAAGGGGUGGACAGUCCGCGUGGUCGAUCGUGCCCCAAACUCGCCGUGCAACGUAGCCAACUUCCUCAACCUGCACGACCCAGACAACUUUCCCCAGGCCUUCCGAGACGGCACAAUCACGGGGACGUAUGCUCUACAACACACCUCAGACCUCGUGCGAUGGCCUCUUCUCCUCAAGUACGGCGGCGUCUACGUGGAUGUGGGACUGAUGCCCAUUGGCGACCUGGACCGGCUCUGGGAUGCAACGGUGGGCGACCCGGGCUCGCGCUGGGAGAUCCUAAGCAACAACGCCGGCCCGCCCGACGACUACGAUCUGACCAACUACUUUCUUUGCGCCCGCAAGGACAACCCAGUAUUUCAGCGCUGCCACAGACUCUUACUGGCGCUCUGGGCCGAGAACGGCGGCAAGACGAGCACGGAGGGAAUGCACAAGAGCGCCCUGCUGCGCGGGCUGCCCUUGCUAGGUCGAAACCUCUCGGACCAGGAAAGCCAGGAUCUCACGGACUACAUCAUCCAGGGCCAGGUCAUGCGCAUGGUAUUGAGCUCUGUUGACGACGAGGACGGCUGGGACGGGCCGGAAUACGUGACCAAGCACAUAUACGCUUUGGAGUACAUGGUCGGCUCGCAACUCAUCAACGAGAUGACCGCCUGGGACGGAGCCAAGGCCUUCGAGCUGAUGUCCCUGAAACUACCAGUAGGGCCCGCCGAAACCGAGACCAGUGAUCAGAAGCUAGCCAGAGAGAUUGUGGAAGCGUGCCUCUCAAGAAGCUUCAGCUUCAAGCUGGCUCAUGGCAUGAUCAUCCAAGUGCUCGGCCAGACCCUGGGAUCGCUAUGGAGAGCACAUCCGGGGUCAGACGAUAUUCCCGGUACCUACGCCCACUGGCUGAGGUAUGGGAUGCUCAAUUGGUCUCAGGAUGAAAUCCCAGAGCCGAUGGAGUUUGUGAGGAUUGCACCCGUCAAGACGGGACCAUUGUUUAAAGCAAAUUAGACUAGCAGGAGCACUUAAGCAUGGUAUAGAAUCAUAGAGGGUAUCAUA